GCUUCUCGUAAUGUUUUAAUUUAAAAUAAACUACCGAUCUUGUGAUAUUUGUCAUAAAUUGUUUUUCUACAUCCUGCUUUAUUAUUUUAAUUCAUAAAUCGACGCAGGGUGUUAGGUCGUAUAAAAGCCCGGUAUAUUUUCGAUGCGGCAUCGAUUCUUUCGUAGUACCUCAUAGCGUAGUUAUCAUAUCAGUUUACUCAUGACACCGAUCGGUUGCGUCCGCCGGUUAGCAACUGCAGUCAAUAAAAAGCUCAUGGCAAGCCCGCCGAAAACUGUUGUUUUCGUUACUGGCAAUGCGAAAAAACUCGAAGAAGUCGUUACCAUAUUGGGACCUAAAGUGUCUUUCACAUUGGUCAAUAAGAAAGUAGAUCUGCCAGAAUUACAAGGAGAAAUUGACGAUAUAUGUAAAAAGAAAUGUCGACAAGCAUCUCAUAUUGUAAACGGACCUGUCAUAGUUGAAGAUACAUGCUUGUGUUUUGAUGCACUAGGUGGCCUACCAGGGCCUUACAUUAAAUGGUUUCUUGACAAACUAGGGCCAGAGGGCCUUCACAAGAUGCUCGCCGGCUUUGAGGACAAAUCGGCCACUGCUGUAUGCACGAUGGCGUACACAGAAUCCGAAGAUUCUGAAGUGAUUCUAUUUCAAGGUUUGACAAGGGGGAAAAUAGUGGAACCGAGAGGACCAAGAGAUUUUGGCUGGGAUCCCUGUUUCCAGCCAGAAAACAGCAACCUUACAUACGCCGAAAUGGGAAAAGAAGAGAAAAACAAAGUCUCACACCGUUACAAGGCUGUUAGUGCAAUAAAAGAACACUUCAGCAAUCUAAAAAAUAUGUGAUAAUAUUAUUAACAAAUAUUAAAGAGUUUAACAAAUAA